GCCAUGCCAGUGGUUAGUCUAGUGAGGCCCAAACAUCAUGAUGUGGCGGAACGCGGCGCGUAGGUUCGCCCCGAAGUGACGGGGAGCGGGCCGCCGGGUGUCGUGAUGGUGUCGCGGUAGCUCGCCGCCGUGGACAUCCCCGUCAGGCGGACGUGAGGAGUCCUCCCGCGGCCAUUGCGCGCGGCGCGGACGGGACGGAAGGCGCGAGAGCCAUCGGACGGCAAGGGCAAAAAAGAAAGAAAACACGGAGGAAAGAGACAGGAGGAAAAGAAAAUACGAGCCACGAGGGAGAAGGACGGAGAGAACGCGGAACACGGAGCGGCCUAGCGGUCGACGUAGCGAGAGGCGGAGAGAGAGAAAGAGAGAGAGAGAGAGGGGAAGAGCGAGGCCGUAGGAGAGCCACACGGAUGUGAGGGAGACCGCGAGAACGAGCCGUUCACCUCGGGCACGCAGAGCCGCGUGCCCCCUGCCCCGGCCGGCCGCCGAAUCCCCGCGAGUCCGGCCGAGCUCGACCGAGCCCUCUCGAGCCCUUCCGAGCCCGGCCGAAGGUGCCGUCGAGGGCGCGCUACGUGGCCCCCGAUAGGUCGAGUCGGACGAAGAAGGAGCGACCCGAUCCCCAGCGAGGGCGAGCGAGAGAGACACGAUGCUGGAUCCAAGCGUGCUGACGGAUCUCGAGGAGCUGACGCUGUGUAGCUACUGCAAGCAGAAGUACAACGACGCGGAGCAGUGCCCCAAGUAUCUAAGCUGCAAACACUACUUCUGCCUGCGCUGCAUCGAGAAUAAUCUUUUGAAGGGGCGCGAGUUGUUCUGCGCGCACUGUUGGAAAAGGACCGACCUAGGGGACCAAGGCCCGGAUGCCUUGCCUACGCACUCCCCGCUCUUGGCCCUGGCCAACAAUUUCUCCCACCUGAAGAUCACGACUAACAAUACUUCCGGCAAGCCCAACGACAAGGAGAGAAAGAGUGAGAACUGUCACACGCAUGGAAUGCCCCUGGCCCUCUGGUGCGGUACCUGCUGCGCAGCACUCUGUCGAGCCUGUGCCACGCCGCAGGAGCACCCUGGUCACCAGAUCAAGUCUCAAGCAGAUGCCAAAGAACAGCUUAUAUCCGACGUGCAGCUGGAGCUGGUGGCGAUGGGAAAGCUCUCGACGGAGAUCCAGAGGCUGGCGAUGCAGCAGCGGGAGUUCCUGAUAAAGGUGCUGGAGGCCUGCGUGACUCUGAAGACCCACGUGGAGACCGACCUUCAGAACGGGUGGAGCCACCUUCCGGAGAUAACGGACGCGCGGGAGACCCUGGGUAAGGCGAAGGCCAGCCUGCAGAUGAUCGAAAGCCCGUGCGACAUCUACACCCUGCACGCGCAGCUCCUCCUCGAGAAGCAACGGCUGCAGGCGAAGUACCAGGAGAUGAUGCUGCAGUGCCAGCUGGACGACCUGAUCGGGAACUCGGGGGUGGUCUUCGACUUCGGGCUCCUGAAGCAGGCCCUGGCAGGGAUCCACUCGGGGGAGGCCCUGGUGGGCCAGGUCCCGGGUCCCGGGGGCAGUCCCCGGCUCGCCCCCCACGUAGCGGCCUCCCAGAAUCCGAUCCUCUUCUUGGCGAACUACUGCAUGUCGCAACUCUACUCGAGGCACGUUAUCAGCAAGCAGCACCAUCACCAGCAGCAACAGCAGCAGCAUCCGCAGCUGCAGAACGGCACGAUGGAGUACCACCACUCGGGGAUGCAUCACGUGCAGCAGCAGCAGCAACAGCAACAGCCGCAGCUGUUGAUCCCACCCGGGUCGCCCUCGGUGAAGCCUGGGGCUCCGCCCGCUGCGCUGCUGCACCCGCAACCGCAGCAGCAGCAACAGCAGCCGCAGCAGCAGCAGGCACCGCAACAGCAACAGCCACAGCCGCAGCCACCUGCCUCGCAGCAGCAAGUCCCCUUUCUCGGGGAGGGGCCCGCGACACCUGGAGGCCCCCUCGUCGCGGUCCACUCGCCCCCCAGGGCCCCGGGUAACCCGUACCCUCUCUACUUCUUCAACGUCGAAGUGAACGGGGCGCCUCACGGCAGGAUCGUAAUCGAGGUGCGACCCGACGCCGCCCCGAAGAUGGCCAAGAACUUCGGGAUCCUGGCGACCGGCGAGGUCGGGGUCGGUUACAAGGGGUGCACCGUGUUCCAGUGCUGGGAGGGCGAGUCCGUGAUAACCGGGGACUUCGAGCUCAACAACGGUAGGGGCGGUAGGAGCAUCUUCGAGGACAGUUUCUUCAUGCCGGACGACACCAAGUUCCCGGCGGUUAGGGGCGCCGUAGGCAUGAGGCGCACCCAGAAGAGGCACGACAACCUCGGCAUGGUCGGCUCGCAGUUUCGGAUCAUUCUCCAGGAGAUGAGAGGGUUCACCGGGAUCUUCGGACACGUCGUCGAGGGACUCGAGCUCGUCGAGAAGAUCUCCACGUUCGGCGAUCAGACCGGGAAGCCGACCAAGACCGUGCUGAUCGCCAAGUGCGGCAAGUUGUAACCGAGACGGUGCCCGGCCACCCCGGGUGGCCGCGCCCCGUCGCCGGCAGAGCGCUGAGCCCUAGGGCGGCGCCUAGGGCUCCGUUCCACGUUGUUCGGGCGGCGUUCGAGCUGGGGGGGCGUCGACCGGAGCCCCUUGGUCUUGACCUAGCUGCCUCUCUUCGUACGGAAGCGAGGCCCGAUCGCGGCGACGAGGGGUUCUCGAUUCGCUUAUAGUCUCCCCGGUACGGUUGGAGAACCUGAAGAGGGUGUCUUUCUAUCCUGUAGAAAAUCUUUUAGCGGGGAAGAACUCCUUGGUCUUGUUGCCUCUCUUCGUACGAAGGCGAAUACCCCGGCGCCGAAGGUUCUCGAUUCAUUUUAAGUCCUCCGCUCCAAUUGGAGACCCCGAAGAGGGCCUUUCGGAGCCUUGGAAAAAUUCCUCAUCAGGGUAGAACCCUUUGGUCCUCAUUCAGUUGCCUCUUAGAUUCACCCAUCGAGGGGCUCUCGCCAUCCUCACUGCACCCGUUGCACCUGCAAUUGCAGUCUUCGCUCCAAUUGGAGAACGCAAAGCCCUAAAAUAAUCCAUUAGCAAGAGGAGAAUCCCCUCGGUCUUGAUCGUGUUGCCUGUGACAAGUACCUUAGUACAAAAGGUUCCGGAUAUCCUCGCUGCACCUGCAGUUGCAGUCGCGGCUCCAAUUGGGGAGCCAUUGGAAGCCCCAGGAAAAAAGAUUGGUCAACCCCAGGAGGGGAGAGAACCCCUCGGCCUCGACAGGGCCGCCUCUCGCGUAGGAUUAAUCGUGUAAGGCCCCGAAGGGCCCGGCCGCGCAUCGCCGGGCCCCCCGGGCCAGGGGAAAAGGGGGGAAGUGCACUACGGAACCGCGCCGCGCACGCGCAGCGAGUCCGGGAAUAUCCCCCGAGCCUCCAGUGCGCAGGCGCGCUCCUCGAGUCGCGACUUAAAUAUAUAUUGACUAUUAACGAUAGUUUAUCCGAAAGAUGUUGAGUCUAUUUUUAAAAAGAAUGCGGGGGACGCGCGCGAAAAUGUUUUACGCGAACGAGCGGACGUAGACGAGAGUUUAGGGGGGGGGGGGAACGAAGAAAGAAAAAUAAGGGGAGGAAUAAAUAAAUAUAUGUAUGUAUACGUGUAUAGUGAUAUGCAUGUAUAUGGCGAAAAGAGAGAUCCAUAUUUUACUAUUAACGAGCCUCCAUAUUAUAUAUAAAGAUAUAUGUAUAUCUGUGUAUAUAUGCAUCGAAGGGUCCCCCUAACUUCGUAUCUAUUUAUUUAUUUAUUCCUCCCCCACCGAGGGAAGCGGUAGAUUUAAGGAGAGGGAGAUACCGAGUUAGACGGGAGAUAGAAAGAAGUUCGACGUUUAUUUUGGCUAUCGACGUAUUACCUAGGAACAUAGGCGGAUAAGAUAUGCGAGACUCGCGGAAUUCAAAUCGCCCGCCCGGAGCGCGGGAGCCACCCCACGUGACCCGGUGGGUCACGUGACGCCGGCGCGCGCGCGAGAUUCUAAUCGAGCGGAGUUCGCGCCUCGGUUCGUUCCGCAAGGGGAAACAAACCCUCGGAGAGGGUCUCCCUUGGAGAGUUUUCACGAGUUCCCGGAUUCUCUUGGGGGAACGCGAAGCCGGGAGCAUUUGAGGUUAUCGGGCAUAUCCGGCUCUUCCGUCGCACGUGUACGGAGGACGGAGUAAUAAAAAGAGAAUGAUAAAUGAUAUGAGAGAAACCGUUGAUUCGAGUGAUCGUUAUUUUUUUUUUCUUUUCCUUCUGGAUCGCUAUGAUUAUGUAUGAUCGACCGAGGGCAAAUUACGUUUACGGUGGGUAUCCGGUCAGCCAUUAUGCGUAAGGCAGGGUUGAGUAGAUUAUAAUACUUCAUGUAAUACACGUCCUUAUUUUUCUCGCGAGCGCGAAAUACGUUACCACCUUCUAUCCUUAAAGAGAAAAUAACAAAUCCAGGUGGAAAUUUGAAGUCAAAUGAAAUAAUUUUGAGCACACGCGCCGAAAUACUCUAUCAUUCCUUAAAAAAAAAUAUAUAUAUUGAAAUUUUACAAUGCGCGAGAUUAGAAUGUUCUAAAUUUAAAAUGGCCGCGCACGUGCUAAAGGACGUUUACAACCUAGCGGACGCCGUAUUUAAUAGAUCCGCCAUAUUGGAAAACAGUUUACCGUUUUUUUACGGUAAUCCACUCGUGGUUUACGUAAUACACACUCCGAAAGAACCUCGGGGGAAGAAAAGCGCGAGAUUACCCAACCCUGCCAAAUAGUAGAGAUAAGAAAGAACGUCCACAGGAUCCGUCGAUAUCGAGAUGGCUGACUCAGCGCGCGGGCCCGAGUUAGAUCCGCCAUCUUGUAAAGAAACUCUGCAGAGUCUCGAGCCAAAUACACAUGUCCGAGGUGUGGGGAGACGCGCGAUCACGAGGGUCCAAAAAAUUUUUAAAGGAAAUCAUGGAGCUUGUAAUACGUGAGCGAACGUCGCUACGGGUACGCCUGCACGUUCCGAGUGUCCGGAAGAGGUUAGGUUAGGUUAGGUUAGGCAUCUUCCCGUCUCCGAAAUUUUCCGGAACAGUUCUCGUCCUCUCGCGGUCCCGAGGGGAAGGAAGAACCGACGCGCGAAUUCGAAUUACGAAAACCCGAAACCGUUAUGUGCGUGCGAACGUAAAUAUAGGAGUAUAUAAAUAUAUAUAAAUAUAUAUAAAUAUAUUAUCAAUAAGAAAGUGGAUGCGUGUAGAAUAGGUCGUUUAGGGGAGGGUGCGAACGAAAGCCGGAGAAGGGGUGAAAGAGGGGAAAGAAAAAGAACAACGGGUAAGACAUACCCACGGACGUAGAAUAUACGAUCAUUCUUUCGAUAUUUUUGAGAGGGCAUUGCAAAAGAAAAUGUUAAGAAGCUCGGUAGAGUGUCGCGCCAAAUAUACAUGUACAGGCGUUUUCAAUAUCUCGGUUUUUCGCCCUCGGGUCAAAGUAACAUUCUACGUCCACAUUUACGUCUCUUUCUUUAAUCCCUUUCCGCGCUAUUUAAGUUAGAUCUCAAGUACCGCGACGCGCGACGCGUCAAGGCCUAACUACGACCGCCAACUUCCGGUAUGCAUAUAUCAUAUAAGUGGAUAUAUAUGUAUAUGUAUAUAUUCGCAAGAAAAGGAAAGAAAGAGCGCGCGAAUCGAGCUGCCGUUUGAAUUUCCCGCGUGGCUGCGCGCGCACCACCGCGGGUGGGAAAUUCAAACGCGAGUGACCGCCUAUACCCCCGAAUAUAUUCCUCCCAAGGAGUGGCGCGGAUAUAUCCGUUAUAAAGGUUGGAAAAUCAACCCAAGGGAGUCUUGUGCGUUCUUUCUUUACUUUUGAUUUGUUUUUAAGCGAUGAUAAGAAGAAAAGAAAAAAAAGAGGCCUUCCCGAUCCCGGGCGACGUCGCGCCUCGUCUCGCGGAAAGCGCCGCGAAGAAUUCCGGGCGAGCGGGGGAAACGAGGACCGCGUUAGGUUUAAUCGGGAGAAGAAGAAGAAGGAGAGAGAACCAUUCCGCGUAACGAAAGAAAGGGAGAGAAGCAGCGUCCGUGAAAAAGCUGCGCGCGAUUUACGUAUGCGCCCCGUUUCCGCGUCGCGAUUUACGAGACCGCGAGAUCCGAGAUAAAGCCUCCUUAUCACUGAAAUACACACAGUAAACUUGAACGUUCGGCACUCUUAAGCGUACGCGGGGGGCAAGCUUAUUCCAGAAAAAUAUGGAUCUGGAUAUGUAUCUGCAUCCCUGUCGCAUGAGGUUAAUUAACCACUUGUGCGAGAAAGAUGAAACGAGAAUUCGCGGUAGAACACUCCCAGGUUAACCGAUACGUGCGCACCGCUUGUACCGUCCAAAAUGGAAGCUUAGUGUCACUCACAAUGGGCAUUGUGCAGCGGUAGUGGCGAAAUUAAUUUGUAACUGUCAAGAGCGGGCCACACUGACGAGCGUUCCUGUUUACUAUUUAUUUCCGUGUUCAUACGAACGUUCCUCCGAGCGCGGGGCAUUUAAAGAUGGCGGUCUGACGAGUCACGUGACGCCCUAUCACGUGGUUCUCGGUCACGUGACGCGCGCUUCCAUAUCGUCGUGAGCUUGCCUUUCUCAACGAGGACCUCAUUCGAUGUUGAACUUGAAAGUUUUAACACUUGUUAAUUAGCUGGUAAACGAGAUGCGCGCAACGAAGAGAAAAGAGAAAAAAACGGAGCGAGAGAAAACGCGCACGUGGUGUAGAUGUAUGGAGGCGUAUAUAGAUAUUUGUGAAUUUGUCGAGUCAGGAGACUCUCGAGACAACGACAAACGUUGACUGGCUGCGUGUUCGCGAUUAAUCUCUUCUCUCGUAUAAGAAAACAGCCCGAGUGGAGUAAAGGUCCUCUCGAGAGUGGACGAGGAGGCUAGGCCGAGGGCUUGGCUCCCUCGAUUCCUCUUCGAAGGAACGAGGGAAGUCGUGCACUCUGGGUAUCGCCUCAACGACGACCAAAAUAAUGACGUGAGAAAGAGGGAAAUAAAUCCGAGAAACGACUC